AUGGAAAAGAACGCUAAUGUCACUCCAAAAGAUGAACCAAAGGCUGCUCCACAACCUCCAGCGGAAGAUGACGGUGCUCCUAGACUUUUAUCGAAGAAAGAGAAAGAAAAGCUCAAGAAAGAGAAGGAGAAGGCCAAGAAAAAGGCGCAAGCUGCUAACAAAAAGACCGCACAACCUCAAAAGGAGGAGUCUCCAGCUCAGGAAGAAGCACCAGAGCCAGCUGAGCCAACAGACGCUCCAGCUGAGGAUGAACCAGAAGAAGCAGGCGCUUCAGCAGCUGACAAGAAGAAGAAGAAGAAGAAGAAAGGUGGUGCAGCUGACAAGCCUGAGCCUGAACCAAAGGCAACUGAUAAGAAGAAGGGCGGUAAGAAACCUCCUGCUGGUUUGGCUGCGUUGAGAGCUCAACUCGAAGCCAACAAGCAAAAGGAAGAAGAGGAAAAGCGUCGUAAAGAAGAAGAAAAACGUCGUAUCGAAGAAGAAGAGCGCUUGGCAAUUGAAGCUGAACUUUACGAAGAAGAACAGAAACAACUCAAGAAGGAGAAAGAUAAAGCUAAGCGUGAGCAACUCAAGAAGGAAGGAAAGUGGCUCACCGACAAGCAAAAGAAGGAGAGGGCUGCUGGUGAAGCUCGUCGUCAAGCUUUGUUGUCAUCUGGUGUUCGUGUUGCUGGUUUAGAAGAAGGAGGCGAUAACAAGCCAAAGAAACCAAUCUACGGUAAAAAGCCAGCAAAAGGCAAGCAGCAACCACAACAACAACAACAACCAAAGCCUGUUGAACAAAAGCCAGUCGAGGCACCAAAACCAGAGCCAGCUCCUGCCAAAGAGGAAGAGAAGGAAGAUAGAUGGGAUGCAACCUCAUCUGAAGAUGAAGGCAAAGACGAUAAGAAGGAAGAAUCAAAGGCUCCAACUGCCGGUGAUCCUCACCUUGAUGACUGGGAUGCAUCAUCUGAUGAAGAAGAGAAAAAACCAGCUCCAGCGGCCGCUAAGGAGACAAAGAAAGAAGCUCCUAAAUCAGCAGAGACUAAAGAGGCAGCUAAACCAGCAGGCAAGCCAGCAGCUAAGAAGGCUCAAGAGAGCUCAUCAGAAGAGGACUCAAGUGAAGAAGACUCUGACGAUGACUCAGAAGAUUCAUCUGAUGAUGAGGAGCUCACAAGCACUCAAAAGGAGGCUCUUAAGCGUAAAGCUGAAGCCCAUGAGCGUCGUAUCAAACGUCACGAAGAGGCUCUUGCCGCACGUAGCAAAGAUAACCUUCGCUCACCUAUUUGCUGUAUCCUCGGUCACGUCGACACUGGUAAAACCAAAUUGCUUGACAAGAUCCGUCAAACAAACGUCCAAGAAGGUGAAGCUGGUGGUAUUACUCAACAAAUUGGUGCAACAUACUUCCCAAUUGAAAACAUAAAGAAGAAGGUUGCAGUUCUUGAUAAGGAGGGUAAGCAAGAAUACAAAUUACCUGGUUUGCUCGUUAUCGAUACUCCUGGUCACGAAUCUUUCACCAACCUUCGUUCUAGAGGUAGUUCGUUGUGUAACAUUGCUGUCUUGGUUGUAGAUAUUAUGCACGGUCUUGAACCACAAACAUUAGAAUCACUGAGAUUGCUCCGUGACAAGAAGACUCCAUUCAUUGUUGCUCUUAACAAGAUCGAUCGUCUCUAUGGUUGGAAGACAAUUCCAAACAAUGCAUUCUUGGACUCAUUGGCACAACAAUCAGAGGCAGUUAGAAAGGAAUUCCAUAUGAGAUUGGACAGAGUCAACUUAGAAUUCGCAGAGCAAGGUCUCAACUCUUGCGUCUACUACGAUAACAAGAAGAUGGGUAAGGUCGUCUCAUUGGUUCCAACCUCUGCCUUCACCGGUGAAGGUGUACCAGACUUACUCCAACUUCUCAUCAACCUCACUCAAGAGCGUAUGAGUGGAUCACUUAUGUACUUGUCUGAGCUCGAAUGUACAGUUCUUGAAGUCAAGGUUAUCGAAGGUCUCGGUACUACCAUUGAUGUUGUAUUGAGUAACGGUAUCUUGCGAGAAGGUGAUAAGAUUGUAGUAUGUGGUCUAAACGGUCCAAUUGUCACUCAGGUCAGAGCCUUAUUGACACCUCAACCAAUGAAGGAAAUGAGAAUCAAGGGUGCAUAUGUGCAUCACAAGGAGAUUAAGGCCUCAAUGGGUGUUAAGAUUACCGCUCCGGAUCUCGAAAAAGCAAUUGCAGGUUCGAGGUUGAUGGUCGUUGGUGAAGAUGAUGAUGAAGAAGAGCUUAUGGAAGAAGUCAUGGGUGACCUUCAAACACUCUUGUCCUCAAUUGACAAGUCAGGUCGUGGUGUCUGUGUUCAAGCUUCAACAUUGGGUUCUCUCGAAGCUUUGUUGGAUUUCUUGAGAGCUUCAGAAAUUCCUGUCUCAGGUAUCAACAUUGGUCCUGUUUACAGAAAGGAUGUUUUGAGAGCUGGUGUUAUGAUUGAAAAGGCUAAGGAAUUCGCAACUAUCCUUGCGUUCGAUGUUCCAGUUGAUAAAGAAGCUGAAAAAUAUGCUGAUGAAGUAGGUGUCAAGAUCUUCAAGGCUGACAUUAUUUACCACCUUUUCGAUCAAUUUACCGCUUACAACAAGUCUAUCGUUGAAGAAAAGAGGAAGGAAGCAGCUCCAGCAGCUGUCUGGCCAUGUAGAUUGAAGAUAUUACAAGCAUUUGUCCGUAGAGAUCCAAUCAUUGUCGGUUGUGAUAUUGUCGAUGGUACUUUAAGAGUUGGUACCCCAAUCUGCGUUGCGACUGUCAACGGUGAAGGUAAAAAGGAAAUCGUAAAUUUGGGUAGAGUUGGUAGUAUAGAAAUUAACCAUAAGCCUUUGGAUAUUGUUAAGAAAAAUCAAACUGGUGCUGGUAUUGCCGUUAAGAUUGACAACCCACAUAACCAAGCUCCGAAGAUGGUUGGUAGACACUUCCAAGAAUCUGACUUACUCUUGUCACACAUUUCAAGAAAAUCUAUUGAUGUUCUUAAAGAAAACUUCCGCAACGACCUUACAAAAGAGGAUUUACAUCUCAUCAAGAGACUCAAACAAACACUCGACAUCCCAUAG